CACAGUCAUUAGUUACUUCACUUGGCUGUCUGAUCCACUCUCUGAAAAAUGGCAAAUGUGAAUAUACAGCAACCUGAAAUAAAGAUUAACAUCCAAGAGCGACGGAAUUCACGUCUCAUAGAUGAGCGCUACAUCUCAAGGCAGCAUGUAAGUAUACGAAGACUGAGAGAGCUAAUACAAACAACGGACCCUAAGAAUCCCAUGAAGAGGUACAUCAAAAGGGAACGCCGACCCUACCCAACUCCAGUUGAAUUCUGGGUUUCAGAUGUAGCUCAUGUUACUGACAAGUCAGGAUUUAAGAAGAUACUGGAGUCAGAGCAGUUCAUGGCUCCUGAAAGUGUGUUCUCAUGGUGGGACUUAAAAAUUAACAAAGAGGAGAUAAGAGCAGCAGAGGAACGUUACAUGAGAAAUCAAUGUGCAGAGCUGAAUGUGCAGCAGCCAUUUCUGGAGAAGUUCACCACAUCACCUUCGUUCCAACCUGAGAAAUCCAGAUACGGUAAUUAUCGCUUCACAUUCCCCCUCACUGAUCUGAUGCACUGGUACAAGGAACAGAACUGUGGAGGAGAAGAGCCGGUUCUCAGGAUGUAUGAGACCGUCACCUACGAACAGAAGAUUGUGUACAUUGUGCUGAUUCACAGUCCUGAGGAUAACGAACGCUUUGAAAAACAUCCGCUUCUUGAAACCAGUGAGUGGGUUCAUUAUCAGGACGGGAAAAUUAUCUGGAAAGCACAAGCCAUUUGUGAAAUCCACCGGUAUCAGUUUGAUUCAGGAGAAGUGCAAAGUCUAGAUUAUCAUCAGUUUUAUGUCUGGGAUCAGGUUAGUUUAGUCUUUCACUUGCCAAAAAAUACUAAACCUCGUAAGGUCCUGAAAAUCCCCAGUGAACGGCUUAUUGAAGCCCUCGAGGCCUGUGAACUUGGCUCGGAGAUAAAUCUCUUGAGGAACAAAGGUCCUAAAGGCAAAGAAAGACAGGAAAGCUUCUUGGAAGCUCAGAGAAUUGUGAGUGAGUUGAAAAAGAACUGAAAGUGGAGGAGAAAUAAGAAGAGAGCGAUGAUACUGUAUAAAAAUGGAGGUAGACAUGUGAUUGUGAACGAUUCAAAGUGGCAGUUAAACAGUGAAGUGGAUGAAGUUCAGGCAAAAAAAUUGCGAAACACAUUAUGUCACAGCACAAAAAAUACUCAUAUUGUCAUGUUUAACCACAUAUGGUUUCAUAUUUCUAUCUAAUUUCUAUCAAGUCAGAAAUAAUCACAACUGUGUAAUGUUUUGUAAUCAUUUUAAUCAAAAACAAUUCAGUAUCAUGCAUGUGAUUUGUGAAUGAUGCUCUUCUGGAUUUAUUACGAGGGCACAAAUGAUCAUGUCUGUGCAAAAUGAGAAGAAUAAAAGCUUCUUUGUGA